UGUGUGUGUGUGGAGGAUCUCGGAGGCCAGACGCUGCGGCUGGGCUCUGCCGUCAGGGCUCCGGACCCCUCCGGGCGGGCCGGGUGCCGGUUCCUCGCCUCCAGGUCCCAGACGGUUCUGGCGAGGGCGGGGGUGAGGGGCGGGCAUCGGACCCCUUGGGCCUGCGCCCUCGGGACCUCCCUCCACCGCCCCCCACCCCCACCCCAGGCCCUCCUUCCUAGGCGCAGGCCUCAGGCCCCUGACGGAGGCGGUCCCAGUUACCGCUUCGGAAAGUGCCAGGCGCGUGGCGCCGGGACAGCUCGCCGCCUCCCCCCCCCCCCCCCCCCCCCCCCCCCCCCCCCGCCCUCCUCCGCAGCCCCUCAGUCCACGCCCGGCUCCUCCUCCUCCUCCUCCUCCUUCCCCAGGGGUGGGGGGAGCCGGCUCCGGAAGCCCCGGCGCCCCCGCCCCGGCCGCCACUGGAGCUUUGGAGAGGCGGUCCGCGCGGGAGCGCGCCACGCGGGGCCGGAGCUCCCAGCCGCCGGCAGUUCCUUGGAGGCCCCCGACCACCCCGGAGUCCCCCGCGCCCCCGGCCCCCACGCGAGCCCCGGCCAUGGCGGCCGUGCGCGGGGCGCCCCUGCUCGGCUGCCUCCUGGCGCUGCUGGCGCUGUGCCCCGGGGGGCGCCCGCAGACGGUGCUGACCGACGACGAGAUCGAGGAGUUCCUCGAGGGCUUCCUGUCGGAGCUGGAGGCCGAGACCCGGGAGGACGACAUGGAGGCCCCACCGCCCCCGGAGCCCACCCCGCGCGUCAGCAAAGCCCAGUCGGGGGGCAAGCCGGGGGAGCCUCCGGGGGCGGCCAAAGAGGCACCUCUGGAAAAGGCCAAAGACAAAGGGAAGAAAGGGAAAAAAGCCAAAGGCCCCAAGUCGACCAAGCAGCCCCUGGAGGGGCCCCUCAGGCCACCCAAGAAGCCCAAGGAGAAGCCACCCAAGGCCACCAAGAAGCCCAAGGAGAAGCCACCCAAGGCCACCAAGAAGCCCAAGGAGAAGCCACCCAAGGCCACCAAGAAGCCCAAGGAGAAGCCACCCAAAGCCACCAAGAAGCCCUUGGCCGGGAAGAGGCCCCCCACCCCGACCCCCUCAGAAGAAACCCCAUGGUGGCCAUUGCCCCUGCCUCCCAGCUCCAGCCCUGAGAUGCUGCCCCAGGAGGGAGAAGGGGCCCUCCCAAGUCCUUGGCCGGGUCCGGGAGAAACGGAUUUGGAUCGCCAGUCUGAGCCGGAGGAGGAGACCGAGCCUCCCACAUUGGACUACAACGACCAGAUAGAGAGGGAGGACUAUGAGGAUUUUGAGUACAUCCGGCGCCAGAAGCAGCCCCGGCCACCCCCAAGCAGGAGGAGGCCCGAGCGGCUCUGGCCUGAGCGCCCUGAGGAGAAGGCUGAGCCAGCUGGGCCGGGGCUCGAGGCCCCCACGGAGAGGAUCGAGCCUCCUCUGAAGCCUCUGCCGCCCCCGCUGCCUCCUGACUAUGGGGACGGUUACGUGAUCCCCCACUAUGAUGACAUGGACUAUUACUUCGGGCCUCCCAGACCCAGGAAACCCGACACUGAGCUGGACACAGAUGAAGAGAAAGAGAAGCUGAAGAAACCCAAAAAGGAGGGAGGUGGCCCCAAGGAGGAGGAGACAGAUGACAAAUGGGCCAUGGAGAAGGGCAAGGACCACAAAGGACCCCGGAAGGGUGAGGAGCUGGAGGAAGAGUGGGCUCCAACAGAAAGAGUCAAGUGUCCCCCCAUCGGGAUGGAGUCCCACCGCAUUGAGGACAACCAGAUCCGGGCCUCCUCCAUGCUGCGCCACGGCCUGGGGGCCCAGCGUGGCCGGCUCAACAUUCAGGCCGGUGCCACCGAGGACGAUUACUAUGACGGGGCGUGGUGUGCUGAGGAUGAUGCUCAGACCCAGUGGAUCGAGGUGGACACCAGAAGGACCACCAAGUUCACAGGUGUCAUCACCCAGGGCCGUGACUCCAGCAUCCAUGAUGACUUUGUGACGUCCUUCUUCGUGGGCUUCAGCAACGACAGCCAGACGUGGACGAUGUACACCAACGGCUAUGAAGAAAUGACCUUCCAUGGGAACGUGGACAAGGACACACCUGUGCUGAGCGAGCUCCCAGAGCCGGUGGUGGCCCGCUUCAUCCGCGUCUACCCACUCACCUGGAACGGCAGCCUGUGCAUGCGCCUGGAGGUGCUGGGGUGUCCUAUGUCCCCUGUCCACAGCUACUAUACACAGAAUGAGGUCGUGACCACUGACAACCUGGACUUCCGGCACCACAGCUACAAGGACAUGCGGCAGCUGAUGAAGGUGGUGAACGAGGAGUGCCCCACUAUCACCCGCACAUACAGCUUGGGGAAGAGCUCACGCGGGCUCAAGAUCUAUGCCAUGGAGAUCUCGGACAACCCUGGGGAUCACGAGCUGGGGGAGCCCGAGUUCAGAUACACGGCCGGGAUCCAUGGCAACGAGGUGCUGGGCCGGGAGCUGCUGCUGCUCCUCAUGCAGUACCUCUGCCGCGAGUACCGAGACGGGAAUCCCCGUGUGCGCAGUCUGGUGCAGGACACACGCAUUCACCUGGUACCCUCACUGAACCCGGAUGGCUAUGAGGUGGCAGCACAGAUGGGCUCUGAGUUUGGGAACUGGGCGAUGGGGCUGUGGACCGAGGAGGGCUUUGACAUCUACGAAGACUUCCCAGAUCUCAACUCUGUGCUCUGGGGAGCAGAGGAGAGGAAAUGGGUCCCCUACCGGGUCCCCAACAAUAACCUGCCCAUUCCUGAACGCUACCUCUCCCCAGACGCCACGGUAUCCACAGAGGUCCGGGCUAUCAUUGCGUGGAUGGAGAAGAACCCCUUCGUGCUGGGGGCGAACCUGAACGGCGGGGAGCGGCUUGUGUCCUACCCCUAUGACAUGGCCCGAACACCCACUCAAGAGCAGCUGCUGGCCGCGGCCAUGGCAGCCGCCCGGGGAGAAGAUGAGGAUGAGGUGUCUGAGGCCCAGGAGACCCCAGACCACGCCAUCUUCCGCUGGCUGGCCAUCUCCUACGCCUCUGCCCACCUCACCAUGACCGAGCCCUACCGGGGAGGCUGUCAGGCACAGGACUACACCAGUGGCAUGGGCAUCGUCAACGGGGCCAAGUGGAACCCCCGGUCUGGGACUAUCAAUGACUUCAGCUACCUGCACACCAACUGCCUGGAGCUCUCCAUCUACCUGGGCUGUGACAAGUUCCCUCAUGAGAGUGAGCUGCCCCGGGAGUGGGAGAACAACAAAGAGGCCCUGCUGACCUUCAUGGAGCAGGUUCACCGUGGCAUCAAGGGCGUUGUGACGGACGAGCAGGGCAUCCCCAUCGCCAAUGCCACCAUCUCCGUGAGUGGCAUCAACCACGGUGUGAAGACAGCGGGCGGUGGCGAUUACUGGCGCAUCCUGAAUCCGGGUGAGUACCGCGUGACGGCUCACGCGGAGGGCUACACCCCGAGCGCCAAGACCUGCAACGUGGACUACGAUAUUGGGGCCACCCAGUGCAACUUCAUCCUGGCCCGCUCCAACUGGAAGCGCAUCCGGGAGAUCAUGGCCAUGAACGGGAACCGGCCCAUCCCACACAUUGAUCCGUCGCGCCCCAUGACACCCCAGCAGCGGCGUCUGCAGCGCCGCCGCUUGCAGUACCGGCUGCGCAUGCGCGAACAGAUGCGGCUCCGGCGCCUCAACGCCACGGCGGGCCCCACCACACUCGCGGCGCCGACACCAGUCACCACGCUGCCUCCCACCCCCUCUCCCACCUUCAGCCCUUCGCCUGCCCCCAGCUCCAGCCCGGGGCCCUGGCACUUUCCACCCGAGACCACCACAGUGGGCUGGGAGGAGUCGGAAACGGAGACGGAGACCUACACGGAGGUGGUGACGGAGUUUGGGACAGAGCUGGGGCCCCAGGAGGAGGAGGAGAUGGAAGUGGACGAGUUGGAGGAGGAGGAGGAGACAGUCAUGGGUCCAGGUUUCCCAUUCACCACAGUCGAGACCUACACAGUGAACUUUGGGGACUUCUGAGCACAGGUCGGCCCACCUCCAAGCCCUCGCCGCUACAGGAGCCCCAGCCAUCGGCGUGGGCCUGGCCAGGAGUGGGCCCAGUCGGGCACGAGAUCUCAGAGCCCAGGUCUGCGAGGUGCUCCUGCCCGGUCUGCCAGCCUCAGACACCACAGGCACGGCGGGGUGGGGGGUGGGGCACACUUGUCAGCCACCUGCCCGACCACACCAAUAAAGCAAGCUCACCGCA